GUUUCUUCCCAACACGGCGCAAAGUCGCUUAUAAGCAAAGAAAGUUUGACAAGUGCGUCUCAGUUUCUCUGUGGUCCCCGAGUUGGAUUUCAAGAAAGCGGUGUCUGCUCUCAAGAAGUUACGGAGAAAGUCCCUUAGGGCUCUCUUCUUCCUUCUCGGUGUCUCUUCAGCAAGAACGCCCUAAAGAUGGGUGACUGGAGUGCUUUGGGAAGGCUCCUUGACAAGGUGCAGGCAUACUCCACAGCCGGAGGAAAGGUCUGGCUCUCCGUCCUGUUCAUCUUCCGGAUCCUGGUUCUGGGAACAGCCGUGGAGUCCGCCUGGGGUGAUGAGCAGUCGGCUUUCCAUUGCAACACCCAGCAGCCCGGUUGCGAAAACGUGUGCUAUGACAAGUCUUUCCCCAUCUCUCACGUGCGCUUCUGGGUGCUGCAGAUCAUCUUCGUGUCCACACCUACGCUCCUCUACCUGGCGCACGUGUUCUACCUGAUGCGCAAGGAGGAGAAGCUCAAUCGCAAAGAGGAAGAGCUGAAGGCAGUGCAGAAUGACGGUGGCGAUGUGGACAUCCCCCUGAAGAAGAUUGAGCUGAAGAAGCUCAAGCACGGCCUGGAGGAGCACGGCAAGGUGAAGAUGAAGGGGGCACUCUUGCGCACCUACAUCGUCAGCAUCUUUUUCAAGUCUGUCUUCGAGAUCGGCUUCCUGGUGAUCCAGUGGUACAUCUACGGCUUCACUCUCUCCGCCGUGUACACGUGUGAGCGAUCACCCUGCCCCCACCGGGUGGACUGCUUCCUGUCCAGGCCCACUGAGAAGACCGUUUUCAUCAUCUUCAUGCUGGUGGUCUCACUGGUUUCCCUCCUUCUCAACAUCGUCGAGCUCUUCUAUGUGCUCUUCAAACGGAUCAAGGACCGUGUAAGAGGUAAACAAAACCAGUACCCGAAUGUUGGCACCCUGAGCCCCACGCCCAAGGACCUGUCCACCACGAAGUAUGCCUACUACAAUGGAUGCUCCUCACCCACAGCCCCUCUGUCGCCCAUGUCUCCGCCAGGAUACAAGCUCGCCACGGGCGAACGGACCAACUCCUGCCGCAACUACAACAAGCAGGCGACGGAGCAGAACUGGGCCAACUACAGUGCUGAGCAGAACCGGCUAGGCCAGAAUGGCAGCACCAUCUCCAACUCGCAUGCCCAGGCCUUUGACUAUCCAGAUGACACACAGGAGCACAAGAAGCCAGCGGUGAGCCACGAGCUCCAGCCGCUGGCGCUGAUGGACCCACGGCCGUGCAGCCGCGCCAGCAGCCGCAUGAGCAGUCGGGCCAGGCCCGACGACCUGGAUGUCUAGCCACGGUGGCCGGGGCUAAUGCCAACCUCACUAGGGCACAGACAUGGGGUCACAGAGAGAGAUGCAAAGGGGCAGGCUCCGGCCGCCACGCUGUGCUGGCUCCAGGCUCUAGUUGAUACAGAGACAUCAAAUUACUCACACUGCUGGAGGUACUAUUCGUUCAUUAAUGAUGCCUUAACCGCUGAACAGCUAGGGGGCAAGAGGCCGCGAAUGGGUUCUCUUCACCUCCUGAUAGUCCCACCUUUCUGCUGGAAGACUAUGCCUCGGUGAUGUGAUUCAUUUCAUUGCUUUGCUCUGCUGCCACAGAAUGGCAUUCAAUUUCUAAACACCCAUUUUCAGUAUUUCAGAAGGGUUUUCCCUUACUAUUACACAUAUUCCCCUCACCUCUAUGACCUCAACACCAUUUAGUCAAACAGGGUUGUGAGUAGAUCCCUAGUGCUGAAGUUCAUGAAUUAAUAUUUAUUUAUUCAUAAAGAAUACAGGACAUCCACCACUAGAUGACUGACUACUACUCAUAUCCAUACAAAUAUCCAUAUCCACAUUCAUGGAUAAUACUUCAUAUGAAGUAAUAACAAUAACAAAUCACUAGAGCCAAUUGCAUAUUUAUUGACAAUUAUCCAAAUUUCUGCAAUACAUUUAUUAACAAAAGGUUGCUUUUAUUAAUCAUAGUGGACUGUCAUUUUCCUGAUAAACUUUGAAUAUAUGUGGUGUUAGUUUGUUUAUUUUGGGUUUGUUAUAUUGGUCUGGGGCAGAUGUAGCUGAUAUAUAUUUUUUUUUUUUGGUUUUUGUUGUGUUCUGGAAAUCUUUGAGAGAAAGGCUUUUUUUGUUCCUCUUUGAAAGUACUCUGUGCCAUUUUUAAUCUUCCUCGUCUUUUUGAAUGGGAAAGGGGAAUAAAGUUUUUCUUCCUUUUUUUGAGUGGGUGAUGUGGGUAAUUUUUUUUUUUUUUUUUUUUAUAAGUCAAUGUAAUCGUGCUGCUUGAGAGAUAUAGAGUUUUAGUACUGUAAAUCAAGCUAACUGUGUCACAAAUGUGAGUUUUUAGAAGACUGCUUGUUAGAGCUGGACUAAUAUUUAGUCAUUUAAAUAAAAAACUAUAUAUAUGCCAAUGUAGCUCCACAACUACCAAACACUAGUAGAUGAAAUUUCAAUUGGACAUUUUAGUUUUGAUUUCCAAACUUUACAUCACAGCAUUAUCGGUACUCAAACAUGGAGGCUCAUGGAUUUUUCAGCUACAAUGGUGUUUGCACUGAGAUUUUGGCUAGGAUGUUGUAUGACUUGUAAGUGGCAAACGUUCUCUCUGUUAUGCAUGUAACUAAUUUAUUUUACCACAUACCAGGCAGAAAAUCACUACACUAAACAGUGUUUUCAUGUGAACCCUUGGUUGUUUGGGUCCUGAAAGGGCCAAUUUGGCAUCUUACAUCCAUUGAACAAGGCAAAUAAGGUUGUAGAUUUGUUUGAAGAAGUGAGUUGAAAAAAUGUCAUUCCAUGGGAGUCCACUGUUGUACAGUGUGCGAGUGCAUGAUAGCAAAAAAUGUAAUUAAUCAAAUCUGUGAAAAGAGAAAAAAAAAA